GUGGGAUGAAAUUGUGGGGAUUUCUUUGCAAGUGUUCGAAUUCGAAGCCGGCAACAAAACAGGUCUUCUUAGUGGUUGUUAUAGACAGCAUUUGACGAGAAUGUUCCUUAUUACUUUAUUGUAAUCAGAGUGUUUUGAAAAUGGAUAACAUACAGGAUUUCGUAAAAAUUGAACUUUAAAAUUUCUCUGAUAGUUAAAAAAUUAAAUUGAUUAAUUGUCUAAUAAGACAGCUUUAAAAUUCGAAUUGUGGUCAUUUAAGUGCCAUUUGGAAUUAAUUCUAGGCUGUUUUUACCUUAGAAAUUUAACUUCCAAGUGUUUAAUCAAUAGAAUCCACUCGCUUUUCUACUAUCAGACAUCAUGGAGCCAUCAUACCAAAAAAGGCUGAUAUUGUUUUUGGUACUGUUCUCACUUCAGUUUUUCAAUAGCAAUAUUUUAUCAUACGCAGGCGAAGCCACUCCAGCUACAUCGAAGGAAGUACAGUUCAGUGGUUGGAAACCUAUGGGGGAACCUGAAGCUCUAAGCACAUCUCAAUUCGUAAAAAAAUUCUCCAAUCCAAAAGAUCAGAAUGAAACGGACAUUGCCACAUCAGAAACUCGAAAAAGCUAUCUUUUAAUAUACCCACCACGUCAAGAAAACGAUAGAGAACAACAGCCAAAACCAAGUGGCAGUCAGCAAAGCCAAGUGAAAAAUUUUGGCCCUCCAGUAAGAGCUUCGCCAACUCAAUCAAGAUACCACAGAAUGGUGAAUUUCGGUGCAUCUGAAGGAUCCAACAAAAGAAAUCCAACUGUCUAUCAGAGACCUAAGUUUCCACCAGUAGCUAAUCCACCACCACUUCCACCUCAUGCGGUCAGGCAGAAGAAGGUGUUGCCAAAUUUUAAGUCGGAAUCCACAUCUCAACAUCAAGUGCAGAUUCAAUUAUUGGAUGGAUACAUAGUGCCACCUGGAGGAAAUGGAGUUUCUACAAUCCAUGCUAAAGAAAAAGGACCACAAAUCACUACCUACCCACUUGCUAUAAACAACGUUCCUGAGAUAAGGCUCUUACUACCCGGUGAUGUCCAUGACCAAUUAACUAACAUACAGCAAUCUCAUAAUGGGCAACAAACAAACAAUGUACCACCACACAACGUUCAGCAAGCAAAUCACGUCCAGCAACCGCACAAUGUACAGCAACCAAACAACGUUCAACAACCACAUAACAUACGACAGCCGACAAAUAUCCAUCCACCCAUACAGCAAAAUCAUGUUCCUCAACCCUAUCCAGAGCAACAUGCACCAAUUUUGAAUGAAAAACCUGAUGUUCCUCCUCAAGAAUUCCAUAACGCAGAAGCAAAAAUUCCAAACCCAAUAUUUGAAUCCCAAAGAUAUCCGGAAAAUGGAGGCCCAAGGAACCAGUUGCCUUCGAAUAAUAAUUAUGACAAUUCAUUUCAAAUUUCACAAGAACCACGUCAGCAACAAAUACAUUACGAACAGAACCAAAAUAUUGAACAACAUAGACCUUUGAAUGUAUUUUCUCAACCUGAUCCUAAUGGUUACGCCAAUGGUAUAACGUUUCCCGAUCAAAGCCAUCAGAAUUAUCAGAGUAACAUCAAUCAUGGUCAAAAUAAUGUUCAACAAAAUUAUCAGGGAAACAACAAUCAUGGUCAAAAUAAUGUUCAACAGAAUUAUCAAGGAAACAACAAUCAUGGUCAAAAUAAUGUUCAACAGAAUUAUCAAGGUAAUAAUAACCAAGCUCAAAAUAUUGUUCAUCAUGGUAACCACAAUCAAGGACGAAAUAAUGCUCAUCUUGGUAACGACAAUGUGGGGCCUAAUAAUGUUCAACAGAAUUUCCAAACAAAUUACGUCAACGAGUUUUCUCAUAGUUUUGAAGCUCAGAACAAUUAUGAGACCAAUAAAAAUAUCGAUGUCAGAGAACCAGUUAAUCAAGUCAAAAUUCAGAGUUUUUCUAAUGUUCAAAGAAAUAGAUAUGUACAAAACACAGGAAGACAACAGCAAAAUGAUGAACAAGUUUUUACACAGAAGAGUAAUCAGCCAGGAGUAUAUCCUUCUUAUCCUGGUCAAGUUCAAAGAGGGUACAGAGGUGAAGGUUUUAGGCCACUUUCUAAUGGAAACUAUAAUAAUCAGAAUACGAAUCAAGGACCUUUAAAAAAUGCUGGGGGGACACAACAAGUACCAAACAACAAUCAGUACAAUAACGUACAGAAACCAAAUUUAGGUCAGAAUACUUGGAGGGCACAGCAACCAAUUAGAGGCAAGACUAACUAUAAUCGCAUCUCUCCAGAACAACAAAAUUUUUAUACGAUAAAUAAUAACCAAAAUUUAAAUACUCAAGCUAUUUCUAAAAUUAAUAAUCAAAACCCAAACACUAACUACAAUAACCAAAAUAAUGGCAAACGAAAUAUUGGAGGUAAUACCAAUCGGCCACCCACAUCAAUCCAAGAUGCAUUGAAUCAGCAGAAAUUAAUAGAAACAGACAUCUUUACGUCUACAGAAACUGACGGUGGAUAUCAGACUUCCACUGACAAAGAUGUAAGCACUCAACAAAUCUUCGGCAACAGAAAUACAACUAGCCAAGGGAAUCUCAGUGACCAGGUCUAUUUUAUUCCAUCUUUGCCAUCGCAAGACGAUGUUCAAACACAGAUUCAAGCAUUUGAUGUACAAAAAAAGGAAGACGAUGAUGUCGACUCAAAUAUUGGGACUACUAACGUAGUUGGGGAAGAUGUUACUUUAAUACAGCAAAAAGAAUUAGAACCUACCAGUGAUAGCUUCACCACUAGCACAGGAGUAAUAGGUCUUCAAUUGGAUGCCCGUUCAGAUACUCGUUCGGACAGAAGUGGGACAUGCGAUUGCUCUCAGAGUUGUGCUCCUCUGAGACGACUGCCCAGUGAGAAUUUCGGCACAUCUAUUAGAGAAAUUGCUCGUUCUCUGAAUGCUGAUGCCUUUUUCGAAUUCGUUGGCCUUUCGGACCAGGAAAUUGAAUCUAUGCUAACAGUGGAUGGUCCCUACACUCUAUUCAUUCCAUCCAACGAAGCCGUCUCUCGAUUGCCGUCCAAUUUAGUCGACCAUUGGAGAGAAAAUAAUCCCGAUUUCACAAUGGCUCUUCUGAAUCACGUGAUCCAGGACGUCAUCAGUUUGGAUCAACUGAAGCAAGGAGGGCGUUUAACUUCGCGGGCCAAUAGCGCCACCAUCUUUGUUAACAAUUACAAUAACGAAGCUGUAACAGUCAAUGGACAUCGAAUCGUACAUGGCGAUGUUAAUGCUCCAAAGGGUGGAGUAAUUCACGUGAUUGACGGAACGCUUUGUCCUGUUGCCGACCAAGAUAUAAUCAACACUCUUCGGACAUGCAACAAAUAUGAUGGCUUUCUGACAUUGGCAGAUGUUACUAAGCUUCUGGACACCAUGCAAGAUGAUGGACCCUAUACAGUAUUUCUACCCAGCAACGAAGCAUUGACGAAGAUUCCUGCAGAUGAAUUAUCUGUUUUGAAAGAAAACGUCACCCUUUUGAGAGAAUUCCUGGAAUACCAUGUUGUUCAAGGAGCUUAUUUCAGUGGCGAUCUGAAAGAUGGUCAAUAUCUCACUACUCUGCAUCAGAAACAACCAAUCAGAGUUGGUGUACGAGUGGAUGGAUGCUACCGGCGUCUGGUAGAAGCAAAUAAUUCUCCACUCUUUAAAGCAGAUAUUCCAACAAAAAAUGGAGUCAUUCACGUAAUAGACUGGAUCUUGAGACCAAGUGAUUUGAGCUGGUGUGAAGGUGUUAUACUACCUUAAAAAAAUCUGCACAGACCCUGCUCCAUUUUUAUUUACUCUUCACCUUGCAUAUAAAUCACUUGUAUACACACUUCAUAAUUCAUUCACACAUUUCAUAUAUAUAAUAUGCACAUCUUCAAGUAUUUGUGAAAAUCAAGAUGCAGUUUGUAAAAUAAAUAACGUUACUGUCAAUUUUAUAUUCUCUAUUGCUGGUUCUUGAGACAUAAGUGUGAAGUUUUAUAGUACAAAAGUUGGGAUAUUUUUUCAUUGUAAAAAUUUCUCUGAUGAAAGAAUUCUAUUUGAAAACUGGAAUAAAACUUAUUUGUGCAUGAUGAGUCAUUCUGGGAAUGGCAGUUGUUUUUUUAAUGUGAUAUUGUUAUAAUCAUGUAUGGGAA